UCCUCCGCAAAGAUUUAAUUUUUGAAAUUUUCUUUAUGGUGUGGAAGAGGCUUAGGCCCGAACUUCGUGUAAUCCUCAGGCUCUUAGACUAAAACCAUGCCCAAGUUCAAACAGCGAAGAAGAAAGCUAAAAGCCAAAGCCAAACGAAUGUUUAAGAAGAAAGAAGCCUCUGGGAUCUCGCCUAAGUUAUUGACACCUUCCCCUCCCCUCCCCACACCAGAAAGAGUGGUUACUUCUUCAACAGAUAUUCCCCAAAGCAGAAACUGGCUAAGACCAUCUUGGAACUUCAGAUUUCCUAACAUCAAAGAUGCAAUAAAUCUUUGGACAAAUAGAGCAUGGUGCAUCUACAGUUGCUGUCAGACCUGUGUAGCCCAGGGUUUAGAAGUAUUGAAAGAUGCCCUCUUCCCAUCCCGAGUCUACCACAGAGAACUUCACAGUCUAAAACAACAACUGUGUGUUUUGAAAAGUGAAUUGUGCAAGCUCCAAGAAAACCUGAAGAGCAUCUCAGAAAACUCAUCUUGUUCAAGCUGUUGUCACAAGUGUUGCCCGAGUGAUAAACUUACAACUGUUCCUGCCAGUGCUCCAACAACGCAUGGGAAAUCCCAAACCGUGCUUCCUCCCACACAGCCACAACCAGCCAGUCCUCCUCCUCCUCCUCCUCCCCCUCCUCCCCCUCCUCCCCCUCUCCCUCCACCUCCACCACCCUUAGCACCUUUGCUGCUCAGAAAAUCUGGUGCCUCUAAAGCACUUCAGGUUGAACCAUUAAAGAAAGAUGGACCCAUGCAUAUAACAGUUAAAGAUCUACUCACUGUGAAAUUAAAAAAGACACAGAGUAUUGACGAAAGAAAGAAGCUUGUACCGUCACCACCAGAGGAGCGUACCCCACUAGUGACUGUCUCUGAUCUGCAGCGUGUCACUCUGAAGCCCAACGCCAGGGUGCCAGCAGCUCGAAUUAAAAAUGUCUUAAUUACUCCUGGUAAAAGCCAACUCGAUCUCCGGAAGCUGCUGAGGAAAGUCCAGGUAGAAAGGAGCCCGGGUGGGACCCCUCUUAACAAUAAAGAAAACAUGGAUACAGGAACUGGACUCACUCCUGUCAUGACUCGGGCCUUAAGGAGAAAGUUUCAGCUGGCUCAUCCUCAAAGCCCCACUCCAUCUCUGUCACUUUCUACAAGCAGCUUUGAGGAGUAA